CUAGUUCUGGGAGUGCUCCUUUGGCAGCCCCAGUCCAGCCUCAGAGCGCUUCGUGCCCUGAGCUUUGGCGGAGGCUCAGGCCACCAUGGCGUUGCGUGCGGUCGUGUUCGACUUGGACGGGGUCCUGGCGCAGCCAUCGGUCGCCGGAGCCCUUGACCGCACCGAGGAAGAGUUGGCACUGCCCAGAGGCUUUCUGAAUGGAGUUUUCCAGAAAGGAGAGUCGGAUGGUUCCAUUGACCGUGUCAUGAGGGGAGAGAUCACGUUUUCCCAGUGGAUGUCACUCACAGAAGAAGACUGCAGGAAACACUCCAAGGAUUCUGGAAUUGCCCUCCCUGAGAAUUUCUCCAUAACUCAAGUCUUUCAAAAGGCGAUUUCAAAAAGGAAGAUCAACCACCCCAUGCUCCAGGCAGCCCUCACUCUCAGGAAGAAGGGAUUGACAACCUGCAUCCUCACCAACAACUGGCUGGAUGACAGCACCCAGAGAAGCUGCUGGGCCCAGCUGAUGUGUGAACUGAAGACACACUUUGACCUGCUGAUAGAGUCAUGUCGGAUCGGAAUGGCCAAGCCUGAUCCUCAGAUCUACAAGUUUGUGCUGGACACCUUGAAGGCCAGCCCCAAUGAGGUUGUUUGGUUGGAUGACAUGGGGGCUAAUCUGAAGCCAGCCCGUAAUUUAGGAAUGGUCACCAUCCUCGUUCGAGACAGCCACGUCGCCCUGCAAGAACUGGAGAAAGUAACUGGGAUACAGCUUCUCGAAGCAGCGGCCCCUCCCCCAGCCCUGUGCCACCCAAGUGAUGUGAGCCAUGGGUACGUGCCGAUAAAGCCCGGGGUGCACCUGCACUUUGUAGAGAUGGGCUCCGGCCCUGCCGUGUGCCUCUGCCAUGGAUUUCCUGAGAGCUGGUUCUCUUGGAAGUACCAGAUUCCUGCUCUGGCCCAGGCAGGUUUCCGGGUACUGGCUGUGGACCUGAAAGGCUAUGGAGAGUCGUCCGCUCCUCCUGAAAUAGAAGAAUAUUCCUUGGAAGUGUUAUGCAAGGAUAUGGUAACCUUCCUGGAUAAGUUGGGCAUCCUUCAGGCGGUGUUCAUCGGCCACGACUGGGGAGGCAUGCUGGUGUGGAGCAUGGCUCUCUUCUACCCUGAGAGAGUGAGGGCCGUGGCAAGUUUGAAUACUCCCUUCAUGCCGGCAAACCCCAACAUGCACCCGAUGGAGAAAAUCAAAGCCAGCCCUGUUUUUGAGUACCAGCUCUAUUUCCAAGAACCGGGAGUGGCAGAGCCUAAAAGCCCUGUAGGGACCUCUGGUGUGCUUUGGAGACGUGGGGCAUUUCUAGGCGUCACCCGAUGUGCCACAAAACCCAAGAUGCCCCUUGGAGCUCAGGUGACGUGUGUGCUGGGGUAUCACGUGUCACUGGGAUUCACCGGGAGCAGCAUCAGAAGUCAGUGUCACUGGCUUGCCCCGUGGCUGACCUCAGCUGUGGUGCACCUGUGGUGCAUUCAUUUGUGGGCUCUGGACCCCAAUGUCUAGCUACAUCUGGGUAAUUCAGAAAGGAUAAAAGCUUUCAUUAACACUCUAAAGAGAGAAGAGUGGAUUAAAUUAAUUAAUGAAGAUCACAAGAGCAUUGCUUGAAGGUGGUACAUUUCCAGCGAGGGUCACAACACCCCAGUUCUGAUUGGGCAAGUAACUUUUCUCUAAGAACAACCUUAUUAGAUAAGAUGGUGCCUCAAAAGAGGAAGUUUUUGAUUCCAGCAAUAACCUGACUCACUGAGAAGGACACCAGAAGCCUCCAACAACAAACAUCGUGAAAAGAGACUCCAUGAAUCACAUCCUCCUUUGCAGCCCGUGCCCGUCCAGGCCACAGCCCAGAGCGUGGGAAGAGUGAGCGUCCUUCAGCUCGAAUUGAAUCAAAAUGGCUUGAAUUAGUUUGAAGCAGUCUUGGUCUUGAAGGAUGGAUAUGAUUAAACAGUAUGUUAGUCAGUUAGGGCCGCCGUAACGAAGUACCACGGACUGGGGGCUUAAACAACAACGUGGAUGAUCUCGCAGUUCUGGAGACCGGAAGUCAGAGAUCAAGGUGUCUGCUGGCUGGUUCUAAAGUCUGUCUGCUUUGUCUGUAGAUGGUCCCCUCUUUGAACUGUCCUCACAUGGCACUUCCUCGUGCCUGUCCAUCCAUAUUUCCUCUUCUUU